CUGAACUAAAUAGUUUAGCUUUAUCCGUAUCACAAUUUUAUUUAAUGUUAACAAUAUAGUUCUCAAUUGAUGAAUGGUGAUGUGUAACCAGUGACAGAGUUAAUAGGCGUAACCUUUUGGAGGCAUACCGGUUGUGUUGUCAUUAUUCAAUCUUUGGCUGCCACAGUAGACAUCUACCGUUUCGAGUGCGUAGUAGGCAGCUUACAUAUUUAGGGGUAAGUGGAGUUCAACACAGCCUUGUUUGGAAAACACCUUUUUGGUCCUUCAGACCUUGACCAAGUAACAAACAUCGGUGUCAGCUAUGCUGCGGUUGUGAUUUUCCGCAAGGUUGUGAACCGAUGCUUCUUGUCCCAGUAUCUUUCACCUUCAUGAACGGCAACAGAAAGGCUGCCAGAAGACAAACGUGAUGAGUUCCUCAAGAAGAAGUGAAAGCGAUUGGCAGGGUUUGGUCAAUGAAUUUCUGGUGUGUAAGCGCAAGUUGGAGAGCAAGAAAGAGGCCAUCCUGAUCUUGUCUAAGGAGCUGGACACCUGUCAGCAGGAGAGGGACCAGUACCAGCUGAUGGCCAACCAGCUCAGAGAAUGCCACCAGGGACUCAAGAAAAAGCACAGGGAACUCAUAGAUCGAGACCUCAGUCUGCCAUCUGAAAAACGAAAUCAAGUGAAUUUGGCGCAGCAUUUAAGAGACUCCAGAGAGAAGACUAAACAGCUGUCUGAGGAGGUGAAAGAGCUCAAUCAACGACUUGCUGAAGCCCAGGGGGAUAACAAGCUCCUGCGGAUGAACAUAGCUCGACAGAGAUUGGGGGAUGAAGAGGUGGGGGCACGACACUUCCCGGCCUAUGAACGGGAAGACCUUGUCACGCAGUUGGAGAUGGCGAGGGAGCAGAAUGAGGAGCUGGAGCACAGUGUACAAUCGCUGACUGAUGAGCUACAUGAUGUUAGAGCGGAGCGUAACGUAUUCCAGGAGAAGGCUCAGCGGCUGAACCGUGAGGUGAACCACAUCUUAAGAGGACAUGAGUGUCGGAUCCUAGACGUAGACGCACUCUGCAUGGAGAACAGAUAUUUACAUGAGCGAUUCAAACAACUACAGGAGGAGGUCACCAUUCUCAAAAUGAAUCUCCUGAAGUACAAGAGUGCUCUGGGGAGUAGGAAGAACUCGAAGACAUAUGGCAAAGCUAACAGCAGUGCACUCACUGGGGUACUCUCAGCCAAACAAGUCCAUGAAUUGUUGCUUUCUGAGGACAAUGGAUGCAGUCUGCCUGUCACAUCUCAGUCAAUCUCAGACCUGAAGUCCCUGGCUACAGCUCUUCUGGAGACCAUCCAUGAGAAGAAUCUGGUCAUUCAGCACCAGCGCCAAACAAACAAGGUUCUGGGAAACCGAGUAGGAGAGCUCGAGAAGAAACUAAAGAUUCUAGAGGUGUCAGGGUUAUGGAGCCUCCCAGGCCUGACUUACAAUGUUACUCUGGGAUUCUCUGGAAGUCGAGAUGCCAUCACCCUGAAUAAAACUCUGCUGCCUAGAUACACUGUGACAAGCCCUGAGGAGAGAGAAGUACCAUACACUGAACAGAGGGUUCACCCUAUGGAGCAGGAAGUACAUUUCACUAUGCAGUCCAUCACCGAUGAUGGAGCAGAAAACUACAUGGCAACCAAUGAGACACAGAUGGAAGGCAUGCCCAGAGUGACAACGGAUAAGGAGACAGAGUCUCCCAUGUCAGAAGUACUGACCAUUGCAGACCGGGAACACCCAAAAAAAUUCCAGAUUUACCCUAUUUCAGACUGAGGGGCACGUCAGGGUAUAUUCCAGAAAGACAAUGCCAGGCUCAUUGGGCUCAAAUUGUGCAGGAGUGGUUCAGGAGGCAUGAUGAAUCAUUUGCACACAUGAAUAAGCCACCACAGAGUCCUGACCUUAGACCGCUUGAAAGUCUUCGGGAUGUGCUGGAGAAGACCAUACGGAGUGGUUCAACUCUCCCGUCAUCAAUACAAGAUCGGCAAAAAGUUAAAUAAUAAAUGUUGUGAUAUUGCAUAAGGUUGUCAACAGUGCCAUGGCAAAUGUGUGCCAUAAACAAAGCUAAAGGCAUUCCAACAAAAUAUUAGUGUGUAUGACUUUUUUGGGGGGCCAGGCAGUGUACAGGUGCAUCUCAAAACAUUUGAAUAAAAAUAAUGUACUUUUCCACAAUAUUCAAUUUUUUUAAGAUGCACCUGGAUAUGCCAGUAUGUUCCACGUGACAUCAAUACUAUUUAAACAUUUUAGAAUGUCAUGGCUGAGGUAUGACAGGGAUUCUAUUCACUAUUUCACUUUUUCCAUGUUGUUCCAGAAUAAUUUUAGAAU